CCAGUGGCCCUAAUCACUCUUGCAGUCACCACUGUCGCCGUCCGUCUCUCCUUCUCCUUCUUAGGGACCAUUCCUCCUCUUUCAGACCAGAUUCUAGGUUAGGGUUUCAUCAUCAUCGGCUAAAGUUUCAAUCUUUGAAAUUUCCGUUAUCUGUUGAUCUCAUUAUUCUCUGAUUUUGUGUAGUUUCCACAAGUUUAUUCCUUUUGAUACAUUCUUGGGGUUUUGUUGUAUUUGCAAAAGCUUUUUUUGGAAGAAGCUUCUUAUAGCUUGCUGGAUUUGAUUUGAUAUUUGUCGAAAUUGCCCUGUUUACAGAAGAGGAAAAAUGGCAGGAUGUGCAAUGAAUCUUCAGUUCUCAAGUGUUGUGAAAGUGAGAAACGAGAUCUCUUCUUUUGGGAUUUGUAAUCGAGACUUUGUAUUUAGAGAUUUAGCCAAGGCAAUGAAAGUGCCUGUUUUGCGGAUUAGAGGUGGUUCAGGUAGGCAAAGGUCGAGGCUUUUCGUGGUUAAUAUGUCUCAAUCUCCCAUUGAGCCACAAUCUGGUGGUUUUGCGGCUACUGAACAAAUUAAAGGAGAAGGUGAUAAUAGUAUCUUAGGGAAAGACAAUGUUAGAAACUUAGGAACUGAUCAGCUUGAGAAUUUGGAUAUUGAUGGUAAUGUUGGAGAUGGUUUUAAUGGUAGUGAUGGUAAUGGGGGUGGUGGAGGAGGUGGAAAUGGAGGAGAAGGUGAUGGUGAAGGUGAAGACUACGAAGAAAAAGAGUUUGGACCGAUAUUGAAAUUUGAAGAGGUCAUGAAGGAGACUGAAGCUAGAGGAGCUACUCUUCCAUCUGAUAUGUUGGAAGCUGCUAAGAACUAUGGGAUCCGCAAAGUGCUUCUCCUUAGGUACUUGGAUUUGCAGAGCUCAGCAGGGCUUCUUGGGUUUGCUAUAAGAUCAUGGGCUAUGCUUCGUAACAGAAUGUUGGCUGAUCCAUCUUUCCUCUUCAAAAUAGGGGCUGAGAUAGUCAUUGAUUCUUGCUGUGCCACUGUUGCUGAAGUUCAAAAGAGAGGGAAAGAUUUCUGGGCGGAGUUUGAGUUGUAUGUUGCUGAUCUUUUAGUUGGAACUGUGGUUAACAUUGCUCUGGUCGGUAUGUUGGCGCCUUAUGUUCGUUUUGGACAACCUUCCGCAUCACCUGGCUUCUUAGGACGCAUGGUUUUUGCAUAUAAUGCGCUUCCUAGCAGUGUUUUUGAAGCUGAAAGGCCAGGAUGUAGAUUUUCCGCUCAACAGAGACUUGCUACAUACUUCUACAAGGGUAUAAUGUAUGGUGCAGUUGGAUUUGGAUGUGGCAUUGUAGGUCAAGGCAUUGCAAAUCUUAUCAUGACUGCCAAACGGUAACACACAUCUCUUUCUGGUAGCUAAAAUCGAAAGGGUCAUGUAGUUCUUGGAUUUGACUUACUGUUUUCUUUUGUCACUCUCUUCUCUCAGAAACAUAAAUAAAUCAGAAGAGAACAUCCCGGUACCACCGCUAAUCAAGAGUGCAGCUCUCUGGGGUGUAUUCUUGAGUGUUUCUUCGAAUACUCGUUAUCAAAUCAUCAAUGGUCUAGAAAGAGUGGUCGAAGCAUCACCUUUUGCCAAGAAAUUCCCUCCGGCGGCUAUGGCCUUCACAGUUGGUGUACGGUUGGCCAAUAACAUCUACGGCGGAAUGCAGUUUGUGGAUUGGGCAAGAUUGAGCGGUUGUCAGUGAAAACAACCAAAAACUCUUUUUUGUGUGUCUUAUUUGAUGAAACCAUAUGUUGUUGUAGCCUACUCAUUUCUAUCUGUUUUACUACAUUUCCGUUGUUAUAUCUAAUAAUAAGAAUUUUCAGCUCGAA